AUGCAGCAUGCAGAAGAUCAGUCAGUGAGCGCAGUUCUUGCAGUUGACGAGGCUUCUGCCGCUUCCAGCACACCCGGCCUACAAGUAGAGGAAGCAGCAGCGACGGUAGCAGCCGCACCACCAGCAGCAGCUGCUGCCGUUGCAUGCGAGCAGCCACAGAACAGCCAGAAAGGAGGAGGACCUGCAACUGAGGCGACAGCAGCAGAAGGGGGGCCUCUAGACAUCCAAUUUGCAGCAGGGGCCCCUUCGGCAGCAGCAGGAGAUACAGCUGCGUCCGAAACGACAGCAGCAGCAGGAGGGAAAGCAGCUGCGGAACCCUCCACUGAAAUUAGAGGUGAUUGCGACACUACAAUUCAAAAAGAUGUUGCUCCUGCACAUACACUGGAUGCGCGCAGCGAAGCUGCAACGCCUCUGAUCUGCUCAGAGGAAGCAGUAGAUGCAGCAGGGACGACAGAGGAAACGGAGAGUCAGCUGCCUUCUGAGGCACACCAAGCCAUCCCCAUACGCAUGGGGAGACAGACGUGGCGACCACGGGGCCAGCGGCUGAGCUUUGGCCGCCUGUGCAAAGGCAACGCUGCACCGGGGGGGUGCGCAGGCAACAGCUCAGCGGCAAAGAAGCGUUGGGAGCACCAGCAGCAACAAAAACAAGUUGCGCGAGAAGCACGUGAAGCCGAGAAACAAGCACGAGCAGUGAAGGAGAAGAUCCGACUGCAGCGCCGCAAACAAAGGGAGGCCAAGAAGCAACGGAAGAAAGAAAAUGAGAUGAAGAGCGCCAAAGUGCAAGUCAUUAAAAAUACCACAAAAAUCAAGAAGUGGAGAAAGCAAGCCAGAAGACAACUCGUCAAAAUGUCACCCGAAAUGAUUCGGAAUCUGUACGGAGUACAGAUAUGA